AUGGCGGCCACCGCGGCAGGACCCUCGAAGCUGCAGCAGCUGGGCAGGGACGAUUUACUGAAGCUUCUAAAGAAACAGGCUGAGCAGCAGAAGACGUUGAAAGAGCAGCUGGCUGUUGUUACCAAGGAGAAGGACGAUGCUUUGGCUCAACUUUCUAUCGCAUCCACGAGUAAUGGCAGGGCGGAAACUCCCGGGAGUGAUAAUAAACAAGAGCUUGAAGACCUCCGAACCGAGUUUGAAGCGAAGCUGGCCAAAGAAAAAUUUGCCUCCCAGGAAGUCAACAGCUCCUUAAAAGCGAUGCAAAUGGAACUAGCUGACUAUGAUAAACAAGUCAAAAACUUCAAAGAAGAGAAGGCGUCAAUGGCUUCAAGGCUCGAAUCUGCCCUGAAAGAUAGGGAUGAAUUUUCAAAACGGCUAGUACAAAUCGAAGAAGAGCUGUCUAACACCAAACAAUUCAGCGAGGACUUGGAAAAAGCGUUGAGUAUCGCUAAAGCAGAGGCUGAGGAGCUCCGGCUUCAAAAACAAGAUGCUGAAAGCCAGAGGAUAGAGCUAAUGCAGACAAAAAUGAACGAAGAUAGUCAUAGCACAAAACAAGUGAUGGAUUUGACGAAUGAACUAUCGCAAACAUCUCAACAAAUCGAAACUUUGCGAUCUUCAUUGGCUUCCGUAAAGUCUCAACGUGACAACUUGGCUGCCGAGACGAAGAUGCUGAACGAGAAACUGAAUUCGGUGCAAGAUGACCAUGCCAAAUAUAUGGCCAAAACCAAGCUGAUGUAUGACGAUACCUGGAAGAACAUGUUACCCUCCAAUUAUGACAAUCUCAACCACGAAAUAGCUCAACUUAAGCAGAAACUAGAAGCUCGAGAAGCCGACAUUGAAAAGCUAAAUGCCGAAGCCACGUCUCGAGCCGAAGAUUCGGUUGGUUGGGCGGAAAAGCUAGCGAGAUCCGAACGUGAAGCGAAUAAGUGGAAGACAGAAGCCGAUUCAAACAUGUCUUCCCUCACCCGUGCCAUGGACGAUUUGCGAGAGUUGAGAUCUCGAUAUGAGAGCGCAAUGGUCGAGGAGAAGAAUCGUGGGAUACAAGCCCUGGAGAGGGAGAAGCAGCUUCAGCAGGGGAAUUUGGACAAGGUUUUCCACGAACGUAAACAAGACCUCAUCCGCUACGAGCAACAGGAUUUCCAACAAAAAUCGGAGAUUGAUACGUUGAAAAGGGAGCGGGACGAUUUGCAGAAGAAAUUGGAUACUGCCCAAAAAGCGAUCCCAAGCAGUAGCACACCAACUCCCGUAACUCCCUCACAUCAACAAAGAUACACCGAGAGCCGAGAGCCCAGACCGGUGCAGCAGACCUACUCCUCAAUCAGUGACUUCCGGGAAUCCCCGGAACCAAUUCCCGAAACAACCCUCCAUGACGUCCUCUUUGGCGAAAAACAGUCCGAUCGGGUCGAGGGAUCGAUUUUCGGGGAUGAAAGCUUCUCCCUGGCUACGAUCUCUGAAGUAAAAGACACACUAAAAGUGGCUGAGCAGCAGAAUACAACCCUUCGAGAACUUCUAGCUGAUAGUGAGGGUCAAAACGAGCUGUACAGUAACCAGAUUUCCGUCCUCAAAGAAGAAAUCCGUCGAAUUCAACGAAAUUCUGAACGAGAAAAUCACAUCAAUAACACCGAAUACAUCAAAAAUAUUAUUUUCCAGUUUAUGCGGCCCGAAAAAGUGGCUGGAGAGCGGAGGCAGCUGUUGAAUAUUUUGAGGACGAUGUUGCAAUUGAGCGAUGAAGAAUAUCGGACAAUGUAUGAUAUGACGACGGAAGCAGCUUCACCCGAUGCCUCCAGCUCCUCCGGCUUCUCCUCGUUCUUUCACCGAUGGAAUGGGUUA